AUGCAUUCGAAACGACCUUUAUCUCCUGCCUCCCUACCACCCUCGAAGCGCCUGCACGGUGCCUUGUCUUCAAGCCCCUCUGAUCACAAUCCGCGACCGACAUUCGAUACUUUGUUCUACGAUGAAAUCAUCCUUUCCAUCUUCUCCUACCUCCCCUGGACAGACCUUUGCUCUAUUCAGUCGACGAACCGCAACUGGGCGCGGCUCUCGCUCGACAAUCAGCUGUGGAAAGCGCUGUAUCUGAAGGAGUAUGGCCGCACGAGGCUCCGUGGCGUCAGGGGCUUCAUCGGGCGCAUGGACGGACGAGAGGUCCGUCCGCUGCCUGGCAGAGCUAAGUCGGAGGAAGUGAAGGACUGGAAGUGGAUGUUCCGGAUCAGCUCUAACUGGCGCACAGGCCGCUGCUCCGUAGCGCCCCUUGACGCCUCGAUCGAACGGCCACUUGCGAAAGCACCUCUUCCAGAGCAGGAUGCUAGCGAUGCCGAUAAUGGUACAUGUUUACUUCUCGCUGGCAGCCUGACCAUCUCGGCGCGUACUUGUCUUUCGACAUGUCCGGUCAUAUCGCUCUCUUUGCCGACCCACCAGACAUACACUCUCCGCUGUCCACCCAGGAACCCCACAGUCUCAACGCGGAUCACAACUCUCGCACUUGACCAGUCGCCCCCAUCAUCUGCCCAUACUAUACGACUGAUAUCAUUCUUGGAAAUCGGAGAAUUUGCAAUAUUCUCUGUCAACCACCACACGCCCUCGCUUUCGUCACAGAUUCUCACCUACGUACCCACUGGUAGGAACCAGCGCGCAUCGCCCAUCAUUCAGGCAGUAUACCACCACCCGCUUCUCGUGACGCUGUCGUCAUCGUUCCGUCUCUCGUUAUAUGACCUCCAGAAUGACACUGUCGCGCACACGCAGACGCUCAUGUCAUUCACGUCGUACCCGCCCAGUUCUCUCGUGCUGUCGGUGCUGUCCCCGUCAAUUUACAAGCUUAUCGUUGCGUACGCGAUACCGGUCUACCCAUCACACUGGAGCGUCGGCGCGACCGAGCUUAUGAUCUCCGGGCGCGCCCCAGAUCGCAUGACCGUCACGGGCACGCGCACCACGCGCGCGAUUGAUAUUCCGCAAGGUUGGAUGGACGAGACGAAGAUGAGUCUGGUGCGCGAGCAGUGGGACCGCAAGGUCGCGCGGGUCGCCGACACGCAAACGGACGGCAAGUGGGUCGUGCUUGCGCCCGGCGACCCCCUGUUGACUCGUUUAGGAAGCGACAAGCUACUCGCUUCCGACGCCCCAUCUGCUCCUCCGAGCCCAUCGGGCACGCCGCAGUACGCCUCGUCGAGUCUCCACACGGCGACUUCAUUGCAGCUGUACCGCCUAUACUUCCCAUCAUCCGCGUCCGUCGCAUCAGCGCCGAAAUUGACGUUCGUACGCAAUCUGCAUGGACACGUUGGUCCUGUGUCCGCACUUGCACUUGCGGACGGGCGCUGUGUCAGCCUCGGAGUGGACGGCGGCAUGUGGGUGUGGGACCUCGAGGGCGGGACAGGUGCAGAGGCAUCGAGUGACUUUGAGGCGAGUCAAGAAGAGGAAAUCGAGAGCCUAGGGGUGCGGGGUGCGCUGUCGACAAAGGGUAGCAUUGUUUUCGACGAGAGGAGGAUUAUUAGUGCGGACGCCGGAGGCGUGCGGGUGUGGCGGUUCGAUGUGUGA